AAAUAGUUCUUUACUGACCUUAUUGCUUCAAACCACAUGUUAAAUAAACAUACUAAUGUGUAAAUACUCUAAACUUGAUAACGGAGUACAUUUAUAAAAGUCAAACCGAUAAGGUGUCUGUGUAAAUACUGUGACAAAAAUCCAGUACUGUGAUAAGUAGUUAACAAUUUUGAAAAUGAUGAAAUGCAAUAAUUGUACAAUUCUAAUUUUAAAGAUGUGAUGGACCAAAACAAUCAAUAUGUCGAAGAAAGUGAACAAAAUUCCACCAGAUGGAGGUUACGGGUGGGUUGUGACAUUUGCAUAUGCUCUUAACAAUGUUGUGGUACUCCCACUUAUUGCUGGAUUCGCGUUAGUAUUUCAAGAGGCUUUUGCUGAAACGAAUUUGACAGCUACUCAAGGAUCUCUAGUCAUAAUUCUCAACCAUGGAAUGGGAAUGUUACUUUCAUUUUUCGCCGGCCCCGUGUUACAACGCUUCGGGUACAGAAAAGUUGCAGUCACUGGAGCCCUUUUUAUAUCGGCCGGAUUAAUGUUGACCUCAGUCUCAUCUAGUUUCUGGCUAUUCAUAUUAUCCUACAGUAUUAUUAAUUCUAUGGGUAUUGCUGCAGUAAUGGCGGCUUUCUCUUUAGCAAUUAAUUCAUUUUUCAAAGAAAAAAGAGGAAGGGCUAUUGGAGCAGGCAUGUCAAUUACUGGCUUGGGAAGUAUAUUUAUGCCAUUGUUGAUGAGCACCCUCAUUUACGCAUAUGGCUGGAGGUAUGCUGUACUUAUACUUAGUGCCAUUUGUUUGCACUCAUUAGUAGGAGCAUGUUUACUUAGACCAGCGAAAUGGUAUCUAAAGGAUCCACCAGCACCUGAAGAAGAGAUGGUGCCAUUGAACAAAGAAAUAUGCAUAGAACUAGUCAACGAUAGCAUUACAACGUCCUCAAAACAAACUGGUAAUAAUACGUUAUUACCUCAGUUAGAAGAAUCAUCAUCUCCGUCUAUAGAAAAUGGUUUGCCGCAACCUAAAAGUUUAUCAAUGAGGUCUUUGAAAAGCAGUACAAGUCUGGAAUCGAGAAAUGCUAUAUCACAUCCAGAUAUAAGCAAAAAUUCUCCUGAACCACCAUUAUCUGAUUCACGAUACAAAUGGUGGGAAUCUCAAGAAAUAAAUUUAGGCAGUUCUAUAAAUAUUUUUAAUGAAACGAAACCUGAUAAACAAACAAAUGAAUAUAAUCUUAGAACAACAGAAGAAGUAGAAGAACCGAAAACAUUCUUUAAAAAAUUUGUUCAAUUCUUUGAUUUAACGUUAUUAAGUGAUCCAGUAUUUGUAAACAUUUUGAUUGGUCUCUCUGUGGCUGGAUGCGUAGAAACCAAUUUUUCUCUAUUACUGCCAAUAAUUCUUAAGGAUUUGUUACAAUUUAACACAGGAGAAAUUGCCCAGAUUAUGGCGGUCAUCGGUUUUUCUGACACCUUGUUUCGUUUCGUAUCUCCAUUCAUUGGAGAAUGGUGUAAUAAACCACCAAGGGUCAUGUAUAUUGUCGGUUUACUACUUAUCAUCUUCGUUAGAACGAUAAUGCUGUUCACAACAUCCUUUGUCGGCAUGUUGUUUGUGGCUUUAGGCAUGGGCAUCACCAAAGGUCUUCGAACAGUUUACAUGAACAUUGUGAUACCAAGCUACGUGCCCAUUGAGCGACUAGCUUUCGCCUCCGGUAUACAGAUGUUCGUCAAUGGAAUAAUCAUCAUCCUCCUUGGAUCUAUUCUAGGUAAAGUGCGAGAGAUGUCGGGAUCCUAUCAAAUACCGAUAGUAGUACUAAAUCUUAUCACAUUAAUUACAGUAUUUCUUUGGAUAACAGAAUUUCUUUAUUUUCGAAUGAAAAAUAAUAGCUCUGAAUAAUCAGCAAUGAGCUUUUGAACAUCUUUAGAAUUUGAGAUAUGUUCACAUGUGUAGCUAUUAUUUUUUAUUUGAAAAUCGAAAUUAUUAAUGUUAUAUUAAUUCGUAAACUGGUUUGUCCUCUUUGUUGUUAUUCUUUUUAAUGUAUGUUUUAUAAUUAUACAUGUCUAUUAUGUACAAAUAUGUAAUAGUAUGUACAAAUUAUAAGCCAAAGAAAGAAGACUGUA